AUGCCCAGCUGCACCGUGGGAGACCUUCUGACUCCGAAGACACUGCUCGGCGGGAUAACUGAAUCUGAAAAGAUCACAGCCACACAUUGGUCGGGGCCACGGAACAGAGCUGGGGAACCGCUGCUCCAAAUAAUAGUAGACAUCAAGAGAGCGAAACAUGAAAGCAAAAACAGCAGCAGCAACUGGAGCCUCCGCCAGCUCCUUCGUGUUCCAACCCUGUGCCUCGCCUCCUGUUUCGAGUUCCAUUUAAGGAAUAUACAAGCACCGCUUAGCCCAAAGCUGAAACUGGACACUCCCGACCUCCCACACCACCCCCAUCCCACACCUCCAACGCCCACACACCCCACGCCCAUACCCCCAACGCCCACACCCAACGCCCACACCCCCAACGCCCACACCCAACGCCCACACCCCCAACGCCCACACCCCCAACGCCCACACCUCCAACGCCCACACACCCCACGCCCACACACCCCACGCCCACACCCCCAACGCCCACACCCCAACGCCUACAUCCCCAACGCCCACACCCCCAACGCCCACACCCCCAACGCCCACACCCUAACGCCUACAUCCCCAACGCCCACACCCCCAACGCCCACACCCCCCAACGCCCACACCCCAACGCCCACACCCCAACGACCUGCGAGAGGACGCCAAACUCCACCUAUUUUUAAAAUGGGGUUUUCAGCGGAGAUCAUCACGGUGAUGGACACAAUUGCAACGUAG